CGCGCGUUGGCCGCUCGCCUGUGUGGAAGUGCCGUGCGGAUUUCGAUUCAAAGAUACAACUCUCCGGGCCUUACAAACAAAUACAUAAUUAUAGAUAUAUAUAUACAUAUAUAUGUAUACAAAUAUACAUGGUUUUGCACAGCUAAACGACAAAUUGAGUUUCUGCGGUGUGAAUUAACAAAAGAAAGCGCAAAAAUUUGAGUUAACUUAAGAAAUAGUAAAAAUCAAAUUCGAGCAAAAUCAAAACCAAACGAAGCGAAAGCUUAGUGAACUGAAACUCCAUAAACGCGUCGCGAAGUGAAAAAUUGUACAAGUAAACCAACAUGGCCUGGGGCUAUUGGUCCGCCACGACUGUGGAUCGCGGACGAUCGCCGCGCCGACUGACCCAAUGUGCACCACUUCCGGUCAAUAUAGUGCAGCAGGAGGAGGAGGAGGAGCAGCCAUGCCUGCCGCAACAGCAGCAGCAGCAAGCGCAGCAGCAACAGCAAUCGCAGACCUGCCCCAGCACACCAUCGGCCAAUCAGCAGGGCAGUGGCAACUUGUGCUACAGCCCCACCUGUCGAUCCCGCUGCUCGAGUCCUUGUCCAGGAUCGCCGUGCGGCUCCAUCACGCCGCCACCUCCGCCGAUGCUCACGUCCUCGCAGCAGCACCUGCACUCCAAUAAAAAUUGCCCGGCUGCCCAGCAACUGAUGACUCACCUGGAUUACGCCGCUCGGAGACAAUCGCUUGACCAGCUGGACAGUCCACAGUCCAAGUACUUUGACAUUCAGGCCAACCAGCUGUCGGACAUCAUGUGCCGCGGUGCGGUGGUCAGUUCCAUUCAGUCGGCGAACAACACGCUGACCCGUGGCGUAUCGAUGCACAGCCGGAGUGGCAGUGCCCACGGGAGUCACCAUGGCAGCCACCACAGUCACAGUCAUCAUGGCAGUGCCCACGGAUCGCUGGGCUGUUUGCAGGGCGGCGUGGGAGUGGGCGUGGGCGUGGGCACAGGGAGUACGGGCAGCAUUGGCAUGAUGUCGGCGGGACACAUCGACACUGGAGACUACGAUGUGCCGCAUCCGCAUCCGUAUACGCAUCAUUAUAUGCAGACGACGGCUUCGGUGACGCCGCCACAUACGUCGCUCAGUCGUCCGGGAUCGGCGGGCGCCGUGUGCCAGGGUCACGACUCUGGAUCGGAUUCCAGUCAGGGUUGCGGCGGAUCCAUCAUGGGCGGCAUGCUGGUCAUGGGUCAUCCGGGACACAUGGGCAGCUUGGGUCACCACAGCGCCGGCAGCGGAUCGCUGGGCAGGUGCUCGAGCAGGUGUCACAACACGAACACCACCACGACGGACGACUCAGGCGGUGGCAGCAGCGGCGGCGGAGGAGUGCCGGGCACCAUGAGCAGUGCCUCCAUGGCGGUGGGAAUGCCGGGAAUGCUAAUGGACUACCAUCACAGUCACCACAGUGGCAGUGCCGGGAGUGGCCUAAACGGAUGCGGCGGCGGUAGCAUCGCUGGUGGAAGCAUCGGGGGAAGGAGCAGUGUGCUGGGCACGAUCCAUAAUGGACAUGGCCAUCAUCAUCAGCAGUAUCACCACGAGUGCAUCCACUACGAGCGGCUGCCCAUUCCCGUGCCCAUACCUACUGUCCCGAUGGGCGUGGCACCGCCCUCGCAGCAGAUGUCACAGCACCAGCUUCAGUCGGAGGAGGAGAUCGAGCCGGCCUAUGCGACAGUAUUCCCCAAUGUUCCUCAAGCGCCGGGAUUGUCCUGCGAUGGCGAAGAUCGCAGCAUCUAUCGACGCGGUGCUAGACGCUGGCGCAAGUUGUAUCGCGUCAAUGGACACAUCUUCCAGGCCAAGCGUUUCAACCGGCGUGCUUUCUGUGCCUACUGCCAGGAUCGAAUCUGGGGACUGGGCCGUCAGGGUUUCAAGUGCAUCCAGUGCAAGCUGCUGGUGCACAAGAAGUGCCAUAAGCUGGUGCAGAAGCACUGCACCGACCAGCCGGAGCCGCUGGUCAAGGAGCGGGCGGAGGAGUCCAGUGACCCGAUGCCGGUGCCUUUGCCGCCACUUCCAUACGAGGCGAUGGGCGGCGGAGCCGAUGCCUGCGAGUCGCACGACCAUGCGCACAUAGUGGCGCCACCGCCACCGGAAGAUCCAUUGGAGCCGGGCACACAGCGCCAGUAUUCGCUGAACGACUUCGAGCUGAUACGGGUCAUUGGACGCGGCAGCUAUGCCAAGGUGCUGAUGGUGGAGCUACGACGCACACGGCGCAUCUACGCCAUGAAGGUGAUCAAGAAGGCGCUGGUCACCGACGACGAGGACAUCGACUGGGUGCAAACGGAGAAGCAUGUGUUCGAGACGGCCUCGAACCACCCGUUCCUGGUGGGGCUGCACUCGUGCUUCCAGACGCCCUCGCGGCUCUUCUUCGUCAUCGAGUUUGUGCGCGGUGGCGAUCUGAUGUACCACAUGCAGCGGCAACGGCGGCUGCCCGAGGAGCACGCCCGUUUCUAUGCAGCCGAGAUCAGUUUGGCGCUGAACUUCCUCCACGAGAAGGGCAUCAUUUAUCGCGAUCUGAAGCUGGACAAUGUGCUGCUGGACCACGAGGGCCACAUCAAGCUAACUGAUUACGGCAUGUGCAAGGAGGGCAUCCGAUCUGGGGACACCACCUCCACGUUCUGCGGCACACCCAACUACAUUGCCCCUGAGAUCCUGCGGGGCGAGGACUACGGUUUCUCGGUGGACUGGUGGGCACUAGGCGUCUUGCUCUACGAGAUGUUGGCCGGGCGUAGUCCGUUUGAUCUGGCGGGAGCCUCUGAGAAUCCCGAUCAGAACACUGAGGACUAUCUGUUCCAAGUGAUCCUGGAGAAGACCAUUCGUAUACCACGCUCGCUGAGCGUUCGUGCGGCCUCUGUCUUAAAAGGUUUCCUCAACAAGAAUCCCGCUGACCGUUUGGGCUGCCAUCGAGAGUCCGCGUUCAUGGAUAUCGUCAGCCAUCCCUUCUUUAAGAAUAUGGAUUGGGAAUUGAUAGCUCAAAAGGAGGUGCAACCGCCUUAUAUACCCAACAUAGACACGGGAGAUCCGUAUGUGACAAGCAAUUUUGAUGUGCAAUUUACCCAAGAACCGGCUGUGCUAACGCCAGAUGAUCCCUUGAGCGCAAACAGGUCACGCCACCAUUCAAGCCACGCCUAGACUCAGAUCGCGACCUGGCCAAUUUCCCGCCCGAGUUCACCGGCGAGGCCGUACAGUUGACCCCGGAUGAUGAGUAAGUUGAGAUCCAAGAUGGCCCUAAGAUUUAUCUAUCUAUUCGUACGACUUGCACCAACUGAGAUGGCUAAUUCACAAUGAUUUUCUUUAACUCCCAGUCAUGUCAUUGACAACAUCGAUCAAUCCGAGUUCGAGGGUUUUGAGUAUGUGAACCCCUUGCUGAUGUCUCUGGAGGAUUGCGUCUGACACCACGAAAUGUGCGACUUACAUCCGUAUAACAUGCGGCUUUAUGGCGAGGAUUCCAGUGAUUACGAUUCCGUGGCUGACGAUUUGAGUCUCCUGCAUUUAAACAGCGCAGCGGGAGCUGGUGGAUCAGUUAGCAGCAAUAACAAUCUCAGCCAGCAGCAACAUUAUCGCCAGCAACAGCAGCAAUAUCAACCCCAUUCAGCAUACUCACAACAGCAGCAGCAACAUCAGCAACUGCAGCAACUUCAGCAGCAUCAACAGCAGCAGCAGCAGCAGCAACAACUUCAUCAUAAUGCACAUGUUUUGCCUUCCAUUGAACUAAUUAAAAUAACGAAUUAGAUAAAACCACAAGCAACAACAAUGAGCCACACAGCAGCAACAAAUAGAAGAGAGCAACUAAGAAAAUUAAAACGAUUCCAAGAAUAUAAAUUUCAUAAUAUACAAUCUAUAUAAUCCUUUCUCAACAACAGACACCACUUUCAAAAGCAAAGUAUAUUUAUUAUAUAAAAUGCAAAAGCAAAACAAAAUGAAACAAAAACUGUCACAAGUUGCAAGUAUUACACUAAACGAUUACUUUACUAUUUAAGCACCUAGGCAGACAGGCAAACUUUAUGCAAGCAAAGGAUAAACCAUUUCAUAACUCAAUGCAAGACUUUUCACCAACAAACUUAGGGAGAACGAUCCCGCGAGAAUGCAACAAGAACUUUUUAAGCUAACAAUACGUGCAUCAAAUAUGAAUAUAUAAUUUUUAAAGGUUUAACACUUCAAUGAGAAUUUUCAAGUUCAUUUUACUAGCCAGGAAGUGUGCGGCGGAGGAGGCCGAGGAGUAUAUACUUCAAGUGAAUCAAUCUAUAAUAUCUAAGCAUAUAUAAACUCUAAUGUAAAAUGUGUGUGUGUUAGUAUUAGAGAGCAGAGCAUGGUUUUUAAAGGCGACAGACACCAAAAGAUCGACAUAUACAUAACAUACGUGUACUGUGAACAGCAAUAGUUAAUGAAAACCAAUUGAAAUACCAAUUGUAACUUCGUAAAUCUAAUUAUUACACAGAGAACCAUUUCCCGAAGUCGUGGCGGGCGGGAAAAUUCUCUACAAAAUGCGAACAAAAACAUAUUUAUUUAUUUUAUUCAUUUUCUACUCUGUAUUUUUAACAAGCAAACACAAUCCGUCUACUGGCAAUAUAUCUUUGUUAAGUAUUAAAGAAACUUUUGUUUUUAACGCAUUCCACUGUACUUACAACAACAAAAAUAUAUUUUUUUGUUUAUUUGUGAUGGCAUAUAUAGUGCCAGCAUGUUUUUGUAAUCCACAUAUGAAUAUUACGAAAAUUAUAAAAAUUAGUAUAUAUCAAAAAUAUCAUUGUGUUGCGAAGGUAAAUAAAUUAUUGUGUUUUUAAUUGAAGCUAAAAAUAAAUUUCAACAAAAAUGUUACUUGUUAAUGUAUGAAAAGCAAAUAAAAGAGAACAAAUUAAGCGCAUAUUGUUAAAUUUCCAAAUACAACGCAAUCUAAGAAAGUAAUAUUGAUCAAAGUUUUUGAUUAAAGAUUAAAAAACAUAGCAAGCAAUCAAUUUAAAUGCUAAACAAACAAGACGAACAGGAAAACAAUUUCAAAUUGCACUUAAACGUUACCGAUUUUAUUAGUAACGAUCUUUAUUCUUUAGCCUAUCCCAAUUAUUACGUUGUUGUGUUUGAUAACCAAGUUCUAUGAGUAAGUUUAAUUAGUAUAUAAUGAUUUUAACGAGCGUAUACAUCAAUUUGUAUCUUCUUCAACUGAUGUUUCCGACUAAUUUUUAAACUGGAUGCACUUUUGGCAUAUAUUACCAGAUGCUAGCAAAAUGAAAUUGAAAACGUGAACGACAGUGGCGUUACAAUUAUGCAUAUAAACAAAAACGAAUAAAGUAUUGUAUAAGACAAA